CGGGGGGCAUCGCGGAGAGCCCCACGCGGGAGCUUCUGGAGUCUCCUACCACCGCUUCUCACUUCACUGGAGAAGGGGCUGGACUGGCAGAGAGCUAAUAAAGAGUGAAUGAGGUGCAGCCGCUGUAGCGGCUGGAGUCAGCCCAAGCGGCACCCGAUCCUUGUGCUCGGGCAGCGGCGAAGGGAGGCGGUUCGCCUUGUCCCUCCCACCCGCCCCUCUUUCUCUGUCUUCCUCCCGCAGGUCCCAGAGCCCGGCUAGGUCCGGCCCCUCUGUCCCCAUCCCGCACUCUUCCACCUCCUCCGCGUCCCACUCCUCACCUAGGGCGCCCCGAACUGCCAUGGGUUAGGGUGGGGGCCUCGAUCCGCGGGAAGGACCAGCCCUGUGCAUCCGCCGGGGGGCGCGUUGUCCGAACCGGGCUCCAGGCAUGGGGAGUGCGGUGUGAGCCCGCACCCAGGGAGGAAGCAGGAGCUGCGGAGACGGGCUGAGGAGGAGGAGGAAGAGACCGGUGGUUUGGGAGGACCCUAGGGAAGAAGGGAGGGAGAGGAGGGAGGGUGGGGAAGCGAGGGAAAAGUGAAGCUGGGAGGAGAAGGCAGCGGAAGGUGGGGAUUGAUGCUUCUGUUUUUUGUUGCCGCUGCUGCCCUCGCGCUGGGAGCGGAGCCGGAGGGGAAGGCAGUGGAGAGAUGAUUGCAGAGUUGGUCAGCAGCGCUCUGGGGCUCGCCUUGUAUCUCAACACCCUAAGUGCGGAUUUCUGCUAUGAUGACAGCCGUGCUAUCAAGACUAAUCAGGACCUACUCCCAGAAACGCCAUGGACGCACAUUUUCUACAAUGAUUUUUGGGGGACUCUUCUAACCCACAGUGGCAGCCACAAGUCCUACCGGCCACUCUGCACACUUUCUUUUCGCCUGAACCAUGCCGUUGGAGGGCUGGAUCCCUGGAGUUACCAUCUUGUCAAUGUCCUGCUGCAUGCGGCAGUCACUGGUCUCUUCACAAGCUUCUCCAAGAUACUCCUUGGGGAUGGAUACUGGACCUUUAUGGCGGGCUUGAUGUUCGCCUCUCACCCCAUUCAUACGGAGGCAGUGGCAGGAAUCGUGGGGCGGGCCGAUGUCGGGGCCAGUCUCUUCUUUCUCCUCUCCUUGCUCUGCUACAUUAAACACUGUUCUACAAGAGGCUACUCAGCCAGGACUUGGGGCUGGUUCCUGGGGACAGGACUGUGCGCAGGAUGCAGCAUGUUGUGGAAGGAACAAGGAGUGACUGUUCUUGCAGUCUCAGCAGUUUAUGAUGUCUUCGUCUUUCACAGGCUAAAGAUGAAACAGAUCCUACCUGCCAUUUACAAAGGGAAGAAUUUGUCUCUUUUCCUCAGCAUUAGUUUGUUAACUCUCUGGGGGACCUCCCUUUUGGGUGCCCGUCUAUACUGGAUGGGAAACAAACCACCAAGCUUUUCCAACUCGGACAACCCGGCCGCUGAUUCAGAUAGCCUCCUGGCUCGCACACUCACCUUCUUCUACUUGCCAGCCAAGAACCUCUGGCUGUUGCUCUGCCCAGAUACCCUCAGUUUUGAUUGGUCCAUGGAUGCCGUGCCUCUGCUCAAAACAAUUUGUGAUUGGAGAAACCUACACACUGUGGCCUUCUAUAUCGGACUCCUCCUUCUUGCCUACUACAGUUUAAAGAGCCCAAGCUUGGAAAGAGAAUGCGAUGGGAAAUUUGUAACAAAUGGCAGGCAAAAUGCCAAUGGACAUAGCUGCCAUUCAGAUGUGGAGUACCGGAACUCAGAGAUUAAGCCCGGUUUUGCAUCCAAAGUAGAAAAUGGUAUUAAAAGUAAUGUAUCACAGAGAACACAACUUCCUUCUACGGAGAACAUUGUCGUUCUGUCUUUAUCUUUGUUAAUAAUACCCUUUGUUCCUGCCACGAACCUGUUUUUCUAUGUUGGCUUUGUAAUUGCAGAGCGAGUAUUGUAUAUUCCUAGUAUGGGCUUCUGCCUCCUCAUUACCGUGGGUGCCAGAGCCCUUUAUGUCAAAAUCCAAAAGCGGUUUCUGAAGAGCUUGAUUUUUUAUGCUACAGCUACAUUAAUUGUUUUCUAUGGACUCAAGACUGCAAUGAGGAAUGGAGACUGGCAGAAUGAGGAAAUGCUGUAUAGGUCAGGGAUAAAAGUAAACCCUGCUAAAGCAUGGGGUAACCUUGGAAAUGUUCUGAAGAGUCAGAGCAAAAUUUCUGAAGCUGAAAGCGCCUAUAGAAAUGCUUUGUACUACCGAAGCAACAUGGCAGACAUGCUUUAUAAUUUGGGGUUACUUCUGCAGGAGAGCAGCAGGUUUGCAGAAGCAUUACAUUAUUAUAAAUUGGCGAUCGGAAGCAGGCCUACACUGGCUUCUGCUUAUUUAAACACUGGCAUUAUUCUAAUGAACCAAGGAAAGACAGAAGAAGCCCGACGCACAUUCCUAAAGUGUUCUGAGAUCCCUGAUGAAAACCUAAAGGACCCUCACGCCCAUAAGAGCUCGGUUACCAGCUGUCUGUACAACCUAGGAAAGCUCUACCAUGAACAGGGUCGCUAUGAGGAAGCCCUUAAUGUAUAUAAGGAAGCAAUUCAGAAAAUGCCAAGGCAGUUUCCCCCACAGAGCUUGUACAACAUGAUGGGCGAAGCGUACAUGCGAUUGAGCAAGCUCCCAGAAGCAGAGCGCUGGUAUAUGGAAUCGCUGAAAUCCAAGACUGACCACAUCCCUGCUCAUCUCACCUAUGGGAAACUGCUGGCUCUAACAGGUCGUAAGAGUGAGGCUGAAAAGUUCUUCUUGAAGGCCAUUGAGCUGGAUCCCACCAAAGGAAACUGUUACAUGCAUUAUGGUCAGUUUCUUCUGGAAGAAGCUCGCCUCAUAGAAGCAGCUGAGAUGGCAAAAAAAGCAGCUGAACUGGACAGCACAGAGUUCGAUGUGGUCUUCAAUGCUGCCCACAUGCUCCGACAGGCUAGCCUCAAUGAAGCAGCUGAGAAGUAUUACGAUCUGGCAGCCAGGCUGAGGCCUAAUUAUCCAGCGGCGCUGAUGAACCUGGGAGCCAUUCUGCACCUCAACGGCCGACUCCAGAAGGCGGAGGCCAACUACCUGCGGGCGCUGCAGCUCAAGCCCGAUGACGUCAUCACGCAAUCCAAUCUCCGCAAGCUCUGGAACAUCAUGGAAAAACAAGGCUUAAAGACUUCCAAGACCUGACACACGAGGGCGGUACCUGGUCCUCCAUUAAUUUAAGCUGGCUUCACUAACGAACAGGAUUUCCCAGCAGUGCUAUGACGAGCUAGUUUGGACUUUAAAACUAGGGCAGACGUCGCAAAGGUCACAGCCACUUCUGGGAGUAUCCACUUUGCUGUUGGCACAGCCAUUAACACCAAAAAUGGGGGGAACAUUGGAAACCUCCCGAAGGAUGUAAUUGUUACCCAUAGAACUAAACCAGAGCACUUAAAACAGGAUAUUUUGGCAUUCUUGCAGAGGGGUUAGGGUCUAACUUUCAAAUUCUGUUCAUUUUUGAAAGCUAAUUUAGAAAUUAUAUUGUUUCUGAAACACUGUGAGUGGAAGCCCCAGUGUCCAUUCAGCCACUGUAAACUAUUGAGGUCAAAUGUUCAUAGGAGUGGUUAAGGCGCAGUGUGAGUCCUAGGGGGCUGGCCAGUCAUCCUGACGCUGCUGUCUUCCCUCUUUGGGGCAGCCUGCUUAUCGAUUUCUGAAACUCAGAAAACUUUUUUAAAAAGCACUAUGCCAGGACCUAUCAGAAUCUAAAGUUGUUUGCUGACUAGUACAUAUAACAUUUUAUGAUUUGGAUGUCAGUCUUCACUUUUUGGGGUAUAAUUUGCUUUUCAUGUUCAGAAGAGGUUGUGCAGAGUAGAGUGACCCACAUUUCACACUGGUGUUGUAGGAGGGGCUGGGGAGGCCUCAUACGUGCCAGGCAGGCAUUUUUUAUUUUACUGUCACCGUUAUUUCCCCCAAAACUAUCUAGGAGAAUCCACUGUAUUAAUUCUUAAGCUUUUGAAAUUACCUUUUUAAAAUGGCUAUACCUGGUGAAUGUGCAUGCUUAUAUAAGGAUUAUAUCAAAAGGAAGCUUAAAAGUGUCUACUUCCAAUAACUAUCCAGGAGCUACUUGACAAAAAGGGAAGGUGCUUUGUGCUUUCCAGAUGUUGCCGGUUAAAAGAUCAAGUUUGCUCAAAGGGGUGUAAUGAUGGCUGCCAAUGACUUCAUGUUUGGGAGGAAGUUAGUAUGGAAGGCUAAUCACUUUCUUUAUAGUAGGUACCAAAACAGUAAUACUGAUAAGUUUUUAAGGAAUUGUUUUUAUCGUAUUUUUCAUAUUUCACUCUUCCCCAAAAGACAUAAAAAUGACUUCUUAUGUUAAACUGCAGUAGAGUGUAGCAUUGGCCUGUGUGUUUUUACGUCUUUUGCCACAUGCUUUUUACAGUUGAAAACCAUUUUUCACUUGCGAAGUUGGUAUUUUAUUUCAUUACCUAUUAGUAACCACUUCAACAAUCAUUUCACGAGUAAAAGCAUAUUAGUGAACUAGAGAAGAACAUUUGUUGAACAUUUUUGACUUGAAGUCAAACUUUGCUACUAAAAAUUAACUUUGUAAAAACAGUCCACUAGCAGCUUCUUCAUAGAGAAAGUAGAAAUACAAUACUCUAUAUAUUUAUUUAUUUAUUAUUCUACCAUAGCAAAAUAACAAAACAAAACUUGAUUCAUCAAGCCAAUUCCUUGCAGCUCAAAAUUAGCUUUUUCUCCUUUCCACUUAUGUUCCAUGUCUAUAUGGUCAGCAUUCCUAUUAAAAGGAAGCUGGACCUACAAAUACAUCAUAGUACGUUUUCUCCAUAUUCUGUGUUUUCUGCAUAUCUGAAUACAGUGGGAUAAAGAAUUUAAAGUGAUGUUCCUAGGACACUAGUGUUUUUUGUGAGAAGGGAAAAUGUAGUGAGAGAGAGUUGUUGAUAGCAUUAAUAAGAAGGCCCUCCUAAUAUGUUUGGUAUUUUGUAAACAUUUCAUUGAGGGGCCAGAAGUUAAAUUAUAACUAAAUCACUGUGUUCUCAGAAUGAUAUUUAACAUUUUGCAACAACAAACCCAUGGUCAAACCAAAAGUGUGGGUUAAAGUGUAUUUUUCAUCUUCUCCUGCAUUGGCAAUUGCAAAAAUAAAAAAUUAUAAAUAAGGAAUUUAAUAUAAGGAUAUAGAGAUGAAUUCAAUGUCUAACAUUUUUAUUUAUUUAAAUAGUUAUUGACCUAUGAUGACUUCCUAGUCUUAACACUUUAUGUGUUUUUAUUGUUACGGUUCUUCCUUUCAAAACACUUGGUUCUUAAUAGGCUCGCUGAUCGCACAGCAGAGGCACUCCAUGUUGACCCAGUUCUCAAGGAGCAUUAAUAACUCGGACUGUGUCAUGAAAUGCAUGGAUCUUUCAUAACAAGAUGUCCCUGACACCUUUCAUUCCAGGGCUGGGUUUAGACCAACUUAGGGGGAGGGCUGGGGGGGCUAUUGAACAUGGUCAAAAAAUGUCUCCGCUCAGGGAUUUAUGGUGGGUUAUUGCAGACAGUGCUAAAAAUAUAGAGCACAAGACAAGUUUACUAAAUUAAAAUUUUAUUUUUUGAGAAACUGUUAUUUGUAUAAAUUAUCAAGAUUUGUAGGCUUUCCUUUUGUAGAAAUAAUUGUUUUAUGUGCCAGAGAAUUUCAAUUUUGUUUUCAACAAUAAAGCAUUAAUAACAAA